GGUCUAUUUAAUAAACCAAUCUUUUUCUUCCUUCGACUCGAUUCUGCAUUCUGAGCUCGGAUCCCAUCUCUCACAGCUAUGACAGAGGUUACGAGAAUGAAGCUAAAGGUUGUUAAUCUAGGGUGUAAACGCUGCUACAAGAAGAUCAAGAAACUGCUCUGUAAAUUUCCUGAAAUACGAGACCAGACUUUCAUUGAGAAGGAAGACACCGUGAUAAUCAAAGUAGUAUGCAGCUACCCUGAGAUGAUCAGAACGAAGCUUAUCUGCAAAGGUCGCGAUAUCAUCAAGUGUAUCGAGGUUAUACCACCGCCACCACCACCGCCACCGCCACGGCCACGGACACCGCCACCGCCACCUCCACCGCCACCGCCACCUCCACCUCCACCGCCACCGCCACCUCCACCUCCACCGCCACCUCCAGUACCAGGGUAUCCAGUAUUCAUCUAUCCAAUUAAAGUGUGCUGUAAGUCAUGCUAUGAGGGACAUGGUGGUGGCCCCUGCCACCAUGGAUGUGGGAUUCCGCACCAACCACCAUCUUAUGAUGGCUGGGUUUCUGGGUGUCGCUGUGACAGAAGCUAUGGUUGCCGCUGUGAAUUCCUUAGUGAAGAAAAUCCCAUAUGCACCAUCAUGUGAAUCAUACUCCAUCGUGAUUGUCGUUGUCUAGUUUCUUUAGUUCCCCUUCUCAGUUGGGUGUUGAGUCGGUGAUCAGUUCUUUUCGGUUCCUUUCUCGUCCACAACAUAAAGGUUGCAUAGGCCAAUAAUAUUUGUGGACUAAUAGAUGUUGAUUUGCUUAUAAUUCACUUAAAAAGGAGAAUAAAAAGAUUAUCAAAA